GUUUAGAUGCUGGUAGAUGAUGGAGUGAUAUAAUGAUGUUUUCCAGUUUUGAGGCCGUUGUUUUAAAGAAAAACAGCUUUAUACGUAUAUAUGUUGAUUGCGAUUUCUUACUUAAGCAAAAAACGUAAUAUUGUGUACAGGUUUACACUAUGAAAGAUCAUCGAUAUGUGAGAUAAUAGAGUGUUUACAGUCAAAUUCGACAACCCGAAAAAUGUAAUACAUCGAACUCUGAUGAGGAUGUGACUACAGAAUCGAUAUGAAGUUUAUAUGCAGUGACAAGUUACAAAAAAAGACGUCGCCAUACUCUCUUCAAAUCUGAAAUGAGACAUAAAGUUAAACUUCCACUUAUCUUGCAGUGCAUCGUGUUUUUGGGUGCCUGUAUGCUGGCAUACACUGGAACACUCCCAGGGCUUCACAUGGAGAUGGAAAGUGUUUGUGUGGAUGGAGCAGCCAUUUUAGUAUCACUACAUGCACUGACCACAACACCUGUUUCGUGUACUGUGUGGUACAAGGAUUUGGAAAGAAGCAGAUCUAUAGCCAAUAAAACUGAGCCAAUUAUGGUUACCGAGAACAAUGUCACACUAGGCAAUCUCAAAAAGACCACACAAUAUCUCGUCCAUGUGAUUUGUGAUGACAAUGAGUCCCUUCAGAAAACUGUACUUACAGGUAAAUGCCUGCCAGACCAGAGAUCCAAUUCUAACAGAGAUGAUGGGCCCAAUGUCAUAUACAAGGAGCAAGCUAUUUUUUCAUCGUCAGCUGUAGACAUCAUACUAGGUUUGAUGUUUAGUGUGGCGGCCAUCAUCACGGUUACCAUGACAGCCUAUUAUAUGUAUCGCAAGUAUCAACGCAGAAGACGACUACAGCAAUUUCUUCGUACGCCACACACAGAUCCCUUUGAAAGUCUUCAGAGUUACAUGGAAGACGACUCCUGAUCAGGGGAGAAAACUCCUGCUCAAAUUACAUCACACGAAGCUCGCCACUGUCUGAGGACAAGAAGAUAUCUGGAAUAUCAAGCCUACUGAGGAUGGUUAUGAUUUUGUCACAAAGAUAUUGACAAUGUAUUUUCAAUAGAUGAUAAAGAAAUAUCUAUAAGCCUGGUAGUACUAGUGUAAUGUUUGCUAGACUUGUGUGCAUGAUUUAACUCCAUCUACCAGACAAUUACAGCAGCUUUCAGGGCACAAACUCUUGUGUAUUGGAUUUGGUUUUUCCUGCUUGAAUGCAAUAGAAUUCUGUACCAUGCAUCCUGUCAUGGACUUGUAUCUUUAUGACCCUAGUCAAAAUUUCUAAUUGAACGAGACCAAUUAUCAUUUUAAAAUAUCUAGGAAUUUUUAAAAAUAACCUAUGAGUAUUUCUUCCCUUUGAGUUCUCUGCAAUCACUGAAUAUGCUUGAAUAUCUGUGAGAUUGUAAAUUUCAUUAUUUCUGUUGAUUGUAACAUUUAUAUUUGAUUGUAACAUCUGCCAGUCAAAAUCCCACUAACUAUUUAAGGUUAAUGUAUGCUAAAAAUAUUUAUGAUCAUUGAGGUUGGUAACAUACACUGUAGUGAUAUGUAAUCAUUUGAUGUGAACAAUGCAGUAAAAUCCAUGCUAUAGAUGUAUCUUCACUGACAUUUCUAAAGCCUGGGCUGGUUUCAUUUUUAUCGUCAUCCAACCGGUUGGUCCAGAGUUGUUCGUUUAUGAAAAAAGGUCGGACCCAGUAAUCUGAUGCUGCUUUCAGGCGAGCCUUGACAAAGCCUGGCAAGGCCUGCAUAAACUUUUGCAUGUCCGCCAGAAUUUAGACGGGCCCCUUGUAUUAACUGCACAAUGGGACAUUUUUGCCACAGUUCUAACUGCCUUUUUCAUCCACCACAACGAGAGCAAAUGUAUCUUACAAAAAACCUUAAUAAACAUUACAUAUAAACAUACUGAUGAAUGUGAAUGGAGUAAUCAAAUACAAAAGGCAGAAUUAACACUCGGCGAAUAGGGACUUUAUCGGCAUAUGACUAACUUUUUCAGGUACAUUGUAUCAGUUUGUCUGUUAUGAACAGAUUUGAUAAGUUAUUCCGUCUUUGCAUAUUGCAGAGUUAUCUUCUCUCGGGAGCAGGUAUUGAUUGUUACGUCAUU